AUGGGGGCCCCGUGGGUGCCCUGGCCGCUCCUCUGGGCGGUGCUGCAGCUGGGCUGGCGGCCAGGAUGGCUCCUGGAGACGCCCGACAGGUCCUGCCCCAUCGACUUCCAGCCACGUCAGCUCACGGUGGCCGAGGGGGCGACGGCCACCUUCACCUGCAGCUUCUCCCACACGUGCGAGGGCUUCGUGCUCAACAUGUACCGCAUGAGCCCCAGCAACCAGACGGACAAGCUGGCCGCCUACCCCGAGGACAGGGGGCAGGAGGUCCGCGGGGACCAGCGCUUCCGCAUCACCCGGCUGCCCAACAGGAGGGAAUUCAUGAUGAGCAUCCUCACUGCCCAGCGCAACGACAGCGGCACCUACCUCUGCGGGGCCAUCUACCUGCGCCCCAAGACGCACAUCCACGAGAGCCCCCCAGCAGAGCUCACCGUGACAGAGAGAGUCCCGGAACUGCCCACCGAGAGCCCCAGCCCCCCACCCAGGCCCGCCGGCCAGCUACAGGGCCUGGUCAUCGGUGUCACAAGCGUCCUGGUGGGCGUCCUGCUGCUUCUGCUGCUGACCUGGGUCCUGGCCACUCGAGGGGGCUGUGCCUGCCGGAGGGAGGACCAGCCUCAGAAGGAGGGCCCCUCUGCAGGGCCUGUGUCAACUGUGGACUAUGGAGAGCUGGACUUCCAGUGGCGGGAGAAGACCCCGGAGCCCCCCAUCCCCUGUGUGCCUGAGCAGACAGAGUACGCCACCAUCGUCUUCCCCAGCAGGCCCGGCUCUCCCCGCAGGGCCUCUGCCGACAGCCCGCAGGCGCCCCCGUCUCUGCGACUUGAGGACGGACACUGCUCUUGGCCGCUCUGA